AUGACCCGCGAAACGGCUUUGAGGCGUGAGGCGCCAAAGAGGCUUUGCAGCUUUGAGGCUUUGAGGCGUGAGGCGCCAGAGAGGCUUUGGAGCUUUGAGGCUUUGAGGCGUGAGGACUGGACCCUCCCAGAUAAGCGCGCCCUGGACUGGGCUUACAACGCUAUCCGCACCUUAGGUCAGGCGGCUGUGCCGGUGAACCUGCUGAUGUUGGGCUCCAACCUGUCCAAGGGAGCAGAUUUCAGAGCACUGCCCGUGGGUAUGGCCAUUGGUUUGACUCUGACCAAGAUGUUGCUGCAACCUGCGGUCGUCGCAUUCUUCGUCUUCUGCGUGUCCCGGCUGAUGCCGGGACCCGUGCAAACGGGGAAGUGGUUGGUGGCCAUUGUGGUGUCCUUGACCCCCACGGCCAACAACAUCAUGGUGCAGGUGGAGGUGGGUGGCCAGGACAAGGCUGCUAUGACGACGCUGAUUUUUAUCCAGUAUUUGAUGUCACCCAUCCUGCUCACCAUCUCACUGACAGCCACCAGCGCGCUAAUGCAAGUGGAUGGCUUCCUUGGCCACGCAGCUUCCCCCGAUUUCCAUGCGCAGUUUGGAAUUUGAGCCAUGCGGCAGUGAAUUCGGAUGUAACCUCUGCAACCUGUACAGCAGAGCAAGGAUGCGCCUCCGCAGCGAUUCGAUGGUCCUCAGAGCUGACUGCCCGGUGAAAGCUCAUAUAUCGUCGCCGACCGGGCCGACCGUGACUUUGACUGGGUUCCUGAGCAGAGUGUAGAGACGCUGAGGCCUUUGGUUUUGACUGCGCUUGGCGUAGCCGAGACUUGUUUGGAGCUGAUGUUGGG